CUCUUUCUUUCUUUUAUUUUUUACUUUAUUCAUAAAAAUAAUGCAAUUAAGAGAGAAUCCUAUAUUUAAAUCAAAGGAAUCGAUAUUGACUAUUUGUCUUGUCACAUUUGAAGCCAUAGUGAUCUCUAUUCUAGAAGGAAUCGUUAUUAUGAAUCAUCUUGGUUUAGUUCAGAAUUGUGAUACUGAUUCUAUUGGAGAAGGUGUAAGCGAAUCAGAUUUAAUUUACCAUUCACUCUUUAUUAUCUCUCAACUAUUCCAAGUUAUUUUAUGUAUUGACGCCUUAUAUCAAAGAAAUACAGCUCAAUUAUGUGCAUUGAUUACUUUUGGACUUUUAGUAGUAGGAUACGCAGGUAUUCAACUUCAACAACAUGUUAUAUUAGAAAACGCUGUCUGUGGAAAUGAAGACUUUUGGAAACCGAUAGAAUCACGUUGGGAGGAUAGUCUAAGUGGAAUGAAUCUGGCUAAAGUCUUUUAUCGUAAUUCAAUGAGACCUAUUGAAUAUACAAUUAUCGCUUUGAUUCCCGUCUUUUUUGUUUUAUUAGCUAUUUUAGGUUGGAGACUUCGUAAGCAAUUCGCUUGGGACAAUUAUAGAAACUUUUCUGCAGAUAUAAGAAUUCGAAAUGCUUUAAUCACAACUAGUUUACUCUUAACUUUGCUUAAACUUGAUUUCUUCUUUGUCUUUUCAUUUGCAGCACAACUCAUUCCAUCUCAAAGAUUAAAAUAUCAUGAUACAGUCACUGAAACAGUCCUUGUCUUCCUCUUUGGUGGAAUUGGAUUAUCAUUAGCACUUUUAGCAGUUUAUAAAGAAAAUAAAUUGGCCAUGUUGACAUUUAUUGGUGGUGGUAUUCUGGCUAUUGUCUAUUUUAUCUAUCGUUUAGCUGUUAUCGCCAGAAAGCCCGCAUUUGACAGUUAUGAUCCUUAUCUUCAUACACGUCAAUUCUUGAUAUUUACUACUGUUAUUGCUGCAUUCUUAAUUCUAUUGACAGUUGUAGUAGCUAUAAAAUGUUUUUGGAAUGUUAAAAACGGUCUUUAUCUAUUUAAAGAUGACUCUGUUCAUAAGAAGAAGAACAAUAAUCCAGUUACAAUUGAUCAUGAUAGUAGUUUAGAAGAAGAGGAUGAAAGAGGUGCAGCAAAUAAAACUUUAUUACAACAAGCAAAUAAUAAUAAAAAUGAGACUACGAUGUGGUCAAUUGAAUAAAAAAUAAGUUUAUUUUUUUUUUUUUUU